UUAGUGUUUCAUCUGAGCCAUGAGUUCGUGAGUGACUACAACAGAGGGCACAAAGUGAACACACAGGCAGACGAAGCCACCGUCGGCGCAAACGUACACAGCUACUUGGGUUUAAGCAUCCGCUCUGGAUGUCAGUUCCUGGCCCUGCCGCCCUGCGGCCCUCAGGCGGGCCCUGGUAAACGACAGUGUGUGUUUGACAAUGUGUGCGGAAGGGUGUUGUUGCGCGGGUCGGUGACGGGAGACAUGGCGUCUGUACACAACCCAAGAAAGAGCGGUUUGCCACAGGUCAGAUUAAUAUCAAGUGUGUGUUUAGUACUAUGGUGUGUGGUAGGAGUGAGCGAGUGUCAAUUUCGCAAUGACCGUGAUCAGGAGUACAACCGCGAGCUGGACUACUACUUCUACAACUCUAGGCGAGACCAACCCCCACCUUACUCCACCCAGCCUUCUGUCCGCUCCCGCUACAAUAGCGGUGACACCUACUACGGCACGGACCGUCGCUACGACACCCGUUACGACGAUCCCUCCAGAGUGCGAGGGUUCGACAACAAGUUCCUGGAGCCAAGUUACAACUACGGCGAUGACACAAGUGACACGCGCUACGUCAACUCACGCUUCGACUCAAGGGGCCGCGAGCGUCCAGGGUAUGACGGGGGCCUCUGGGACAACCGACAUGACAAAAAUUUCGGUGUCCUGGACGGCUGGAGACCCGACUUACAGGGUGAACAACGCCCCUCAGAGAAACCAGGUUUUAACUUACCCCUGGCGGAUCUCUUCGUGACGACUGACAGCGGGAAGGUUCAGGGGUUUUAUGUCUACCUAUACGACAAGCCUGGAGUUCGACCCGAUGAGCGUCCCGUCAGCAAGCCCAUUCACCAACAGCGACAAAUCAUGAAUGUCUCCACCUUCCUCGGUAUUCCCUACGCCAGGCCACCGAUCAUCGAGGGACGCUUCAAGCCGCCACGACGUGUGGAGAACUGGUACAGUACCUGGCAGGCGCUGGACUUUCAGAGCGCUUGUCCCCAGAACCUGAAGUAUGUGGGCACCUCCAACGGCAUCAGGAAUGGCAUUAACGAAGAUUGUCUCUACCUCAACAUCUUCACCCCCUCGGUAUCAAUCAAGGUGAACGAUCAGUACCCAGUAAUGUUCUAUAUCCACGGCGGGGACCUGGACCAUGGCGCCAGCAACCAGUUCCCCGGCCACCUGCUGGCAGCCUGGGGGGAGGUGGUCGUUGUCACCAUCAACUACAGGCUUGGUGCCCUCGGAUUCUUGAGCACGGGUGAUGUCAACUCCCCAGGUAACUAUGGUCUCAUGGACAUGGCCAUGGCGCUGGAGUGGGUCCACGCCAACAUACGUUUUUUCAAUGGUGACCGCAAUAAGAUCACAGUGUUUGGGCCAGGAGCUGGAGGAGCCAUGGGUGGCUUGCUUGCUGUUCUACCCAAAACAAAAUCCUUUGUUAGUCAAGUCAUUGCCCAGAGUGGGUCACCUCUGGCAGACUGGGCAGCACUUGAUGAUGUGUACAGACUGCAGAACACUUCUCGUGUCUAUGGCCUGGAAGUUGGCUGUACUGUCGAGUCAUCCUACAAGCUCCUCCAGUGCUUAAACAGACGCAGCUAUGAAGAACUGGCAUCAGCACCCAUCACUCCGGAUGUAGGAACCUUUGCUUGGGGUCCUGCUGUGGAUGCUAAUUUCACAGUGCCUGGAGAUGACUGGUAUGAGGACUGGGAUGAGAAAGACUGGCACAUUUUGCCAGAGUUGCCUAUCAAACUGUAUCAGAAGAACCACCACCACCCAGAGCUUCGUUACCUCACUGGUGUCAACAGGGAUGCAGCAGCCAAAAGGGUCUUUGAAGAUAAUCGGCUGGUGCGUGACCGUCAUGUGGUAACGGAGGACUUCUUCAACCAGAGAAUCAAGGAAUGGGUCAGACACUAUAAUUAUUCGCUCAACCUGGAGGGUGCUUAUGAUGCUAUAAAGUGGAUGUACACUUAUGGUCCUGAUCCAUUCAACACUACUCACAUCAGGGAGGAAUAUGUUGAUAUGCUGUCUGAUGCUUUGUACAAGUCAGCAGUGGACCAGAUGGUGAAGGUCCUGGUCAACAGCACCUCCAAGCGCCCUGUCCCCACCUACUACUACCUCCUCAAUACUACUGUUGAGGCCCUGAAGCUUCCUUUCUGGAGAGAAAUUCCCAACAACAUUGAGUAUUACUUCCUCUCUGGUGCACCAUUCAUGGAUCCAGACUUCUUCCCGGAGAACUACCGUGUGUCUCGUGAGCAGUGGGGGGAGGGAGACCGUAAUAUCUCAGAGUUCAUGAUGAGAGCCUUCGCCAACUUCGCCAAGUGGGGGAACCCAACCCAGACCCAGGUGAAGAUACUGAAGGUGAACUGGGAGCCUGUGUUGGAGGGUAACCUUAAGUACCUGAGUAUCAACACCACAUUCAACACCAGUAUGCACUUCAACUACCGCCAGCCCUACAACACCUUCUGGAGUGUUUACGUACCUCAAGUCAUACGUGAAUGGGUGCCUACUGUUCCACCACCAGUGAAUCCUUGGACUCAGCUCAGCCAGCCUAUUGUGGCAGCUUUUUAUGGCUCCCUCGUCUUCUUAGUGGUCCUGGUGGUCAUUCUCUUUGUUUGCUGUGGUCUGUGGAAGUCUGCCAAGAGACAGAGGAACAAAGCUUUGGAUGAUCUCCAGUAUUUCUCCACCGACAACCUUGGUCCUCCACAUGAGUCUGAUGAUUACAAAGUGAGAGAAUAUCUAGAUAAGUUAUCUAACAACAACCACCAGGAACAGUCACGUUCUGUCACGCCCAACACAGUUACUACCGAUACUGCAGAUUUCACUGAUGGUACCCUCACGAGGACCAGGGAGCCUUACCGUCCAGGCUACCAUAAUACUAAUGUUGCAAAAUCAGUGGACCAGCUGACUGUCCAGUAUGGUACUGCUCAACAUGGUCCUCCCCAACAUGGUCCUCCCAUGUCAAAAUCUGAUGGUAAUAUUCUCCAGAACUACCAAGAUUAUCCAACCUCAGGCAGGGGCCCAGAGCUUAAUGGAAGACAACAACAGAGGCCUGUUACUCCAACCUCUAUGGUCCACUCCGAGCAUAAUGGCCGGCCACCUCAGGACUAUAUGAUGACACAACAGCAACGGCCAGUUACUCCAACCUCUAUGGUCCACUCAGAGCCUAAUGGCCGGUCACCUCGGGACUGCAUGACGACACAACAGCAACGGCCCAUUACCCCCACCUCUAUGGUUCAUUCUGAGCCUAGUGGCCGGCCACCUCAGGACUACAUGAUGGCACAACAGCGGCCUGUCACUCCCACCUCUAUGGUCCACUCAGAGCCCAGUGGCCGGCUACCUCAGGACUACAUGAUGGCACAACAGCGGCCUGUCACUCCCACCUCUAUGGUCCACUCAGAGCCCAGUGGCCGGUUCCCUCAGGACUAUAUGAUGACUCAGCCACUGGUGCAUUCUACAGAGCCAAAAGUGAGGACUCCAGUACCUGCCACGAGAACCUCUGUUGCUACCAUAACCUCCACCACUGGCCUUCUCAACACAGAACUGUGAUCCACAUUCCCCCUACUCUCAUGUAGUGAGGUUCAUACUUCUUGUUAUGGCAUUUUUAAGACUAGUGUUGGUUAUCUUGAACUUUGGUGAUUAUAAACAAUAGCUGCAUUAUACACCCACCAAUGGAGAUGCACCAAACCAUUUUCUUUGAAAUGUAAUCAGUGUAAUUUAUAGCCGCCAUAUUUAUUCUCUUAACAAAUUCUUCCAUCUAAAUUUCAUCUUUCAGCACAAAACAUUGCGUCUUCAGCGGUGCUCCUCUGAGUGCCAAAAUUGAACUAAUCAUGGAACAUUAUUAUGAAAAUGUAUACAAGUGAUUGUCUUUCAAAGCAGAAGUGAGGUGACUUUCCAUGAACUAUUGAAAUAUUGAUGAUGUAGCCAGCAGGGUUGUGUGAUGUGAGAGAAGCACAGACACUGGUGGCUGUGGGACAGGAUGAGCUAAACAUUGGCAAAUACCUUACACCAGUGUACCAUUGGUUUAAUUAUAAACAGUACUGUAAAUAUGGCAUAACAAGUGUCACAAAAGUUUGAUUUUAUCUAUUUAUGAACAAUGUGGUUAAAAACGUAGCAGCAUCACAUUUAGGCCAAGGGAUUUAAACUGUGUGUGUGUGUGUCUGUGAUCUCAUAUCAUAAUUGCUAUGGAUACAGAAGACUCAUGUGAGUAAUUCUUUGUUGAUCAUGGACAAAGAAAAUAAUAUAUGUUAUGUAAUAUUGUAGACCACUAGAAUAAUACAGUACAGUACUAUACUAAUAUGACAUUUUCUACGUAAGGUCCCACAAUUAAGAUCACAGUAGAGAUUUACUGUAUGUAAUGAGUUAUUAAAUUUAAGGUUAUUUGUCAUAAAAGUAAGAUGAGAUUAUUUUUAUAUAUUCUCAGAAGUAAAAACUGACUGAGUUUUAUAAAAAAUGAGGCAACUUGAGCCAGUGUAAACUUUUGACAGCACUGUUGGUGUUUGAUACUUCAGAACCUUGCCAGUAAUUGUUCACUCAAUCACGUCUUCAACACCUAAAAACAACUACAUAUUUUUCUUUAUGUUUUGACCAAGAUAGGAACUAUCUUUUCUUUCUUUUAUAUAUAUAUAUAAGAGGAUAAUAGAAAUUCUCAAAGAAAACACAUCUUGUAAUUACACAAUAAACAAGAUUCAAGUUCAUGUGUAGCAUUUUUGUGUACAGUACUGUAAUGUACGGUACUACUGGAAAAUUUACUCCAUAUAACAUUGUUUAAACCAGCUAGAUUGGAACACCUUGAUCAGUUUAUACAUGGGUACAUUUUGGCCUAGACCAUUUUAUACCAUAGGUGUAAAGUGAUUUAGACCAGACACUAUCCCAGGGUUGAUUCUGACCUGUGACCUAACGUAUACCAUAGUGUACGUUUGGUGAUCUGCCCCAUGGUAUAACCUCUCCAAUACCCCACAGGGGUAUAGAAUGGUUGGGGUAUUAUCUCAGUCAUGUGAUCACUAAAGGAGUUAACUUCUUGAUGUAUAAAUUUGAGAAAGAUAGACUACCAGGGUUCUCACUGUUACCAUGCACUAAUACAGAUUAAGUGUUGGUACCUUUCAUCUUCCUUGGCUAGUUUUCAAAGAUUGGUCUUGAGUAUUAGACCCAUAUUAAGAGAGCUAUAUAGUUAGUGUUUUGAUAGUAUAAAAUGUAUAAAAGUAAUGGAAACAAUGAAAGCAUAACCUUAGAUUUCACAACAUUUUUAUCAUCAAGACAGACUGAGGUGAAGUGUUUCAUACACACAUUCGAACUAAUUACAUUAUAAAAAUUAUUUUCUUCCCAAAGAAUAUGUGUUAACUAAGCUAUUGGUAGUUUAUUUACAAUACAGCUUUAUUGAGUUAAGUUAAUAUUCAAAUGUUACCUAGGAUGUCUCAAAUAGGAAAGUUGAAAUAUGUUAUCUGCAUGUCUUGAGUACUGUCACAAGAGGCAAUAGUAACACAGGUGAAUGAGUUUCACCAUAUAGUUGAUUCAGGAAGGUGAUAGUCUUUCACAUGUUCUGAGUUAUUCAGAAUCUUUGUGUUUGGAGGCCAGAUUGUCUUUCUCAACUUCUGACACAAAAUCUAGUCUAAGGUCUUUGUAUGAACAGUUUUUUUGUAUGAAUGUGUUUUACUGAUUUUGUGGAGUUUUAUCAACAAAUGUACAAAUAUCUAAAAUGAAUAUGCCUAUGAUGAUUUACUUUUAGGCAGGGAGGCAGUACUGAUGGUAAUGAAUUCCCCUGUAGUUUCCUUCACCACUGACGAUGACAAGUGUUUUAAUAAGUAACAGUCAUCUCACCUGCCAUAUGUAAUACCCCACAACAUAAUAUAUGAUGGGUUAGUACAGUCUGCAGGUACCCCUUGUUAUCCGAAUGGUCGUUAAUCGAAAAUUCGCUUAUCUUUAGAUUCUACUGUAUUCUUACAAUUCUUUUUCACUAUCCGAUAUUUCCUUAUCUGAGUGUUGGUCUGAUUGAGAAUUCAAAUCAUAUGCCAGAUACAGCCAGGGAGUUAGCUGGGGGCAGCCAUCUUGGACCCUAGACUUGCGGACCAUUUGCAUGGUGUUCAGUGUAAGUGAAUUGCUCACUCUUUAUCUGUUUGUAUUCUUGCCAUCCUUUAUGAAUCUUUAGCAAUGACAUCCAAGUGUUGUUUUGAUUUCUUGGCUACCCCCACCAUUGCCAAGAGAAUGCAUAAGCCUGCGAUAAUGAAAAGCAAGUUUGAAGUAAUCAAGCGUCAUGAAUGCAGGGAACACACAAGCAAGAUUGGGAGAGAUCUGCCUCACAUAAGGUUAUGUACCAACUGUAUAUGUAUUUUACCUUAUUUAUCUGUCUUUAUUUAUUUUUUAUUUUUUUUUGUAUACUACAGUAACGUCUUAAAUAGAAUUUCGGUAAUUAUGUAAAUCACAAGAAUAAACCAAAACGCAGUAAACUUCGCUGCAAAAUGUAAAAUAAUAUACUGUAUUGGGGUUUCUUGUUGGUUGGGAAUUGAUUUCAUUUUGUAUUUAUAUUAUAAUAUUAUAUUUUUUCAGUAACUGCAUCCUAUUUUGUCCAUUUAUUAUGUCAUUUUCUAUCUGAAAAUUUGAUAGCUGAAUGGGAUACGUGUAUAAUGCCCACGUUACAUCAAGGACCUGUAAGACUUGUGUGAGUGACAGGUAGUAAAACUGUCUCUUACUGUAUGUCAUUGAUAAAUUACAGUAAAUAUUUUUGACUGUUAACGCAUGACAACUUUGGAGAGAAGACUUACCAUAGUUGAUGGUUUUAUAAUUUGUAUGUGAUGAUGGCUGUCAUGAGAAGUGACAAGGUCAGCUGGAAGAGGAUAAAGGGAAAAGGAAUACUUUUAGUCAUAAGAUAUUGUUACUCUUACUUGUAAUAUAUCAGACAACACUUUUUUCUUUGGUGUUAACUUUCACCACAUGAAAGACAUUACCAUACCAUCGUACUCUAUGACUGUAUGGUGUUUACCAGUACUGUACAGUGUAUGUAUAGUACUGUAUCGUGAAUAUUCAAGGGUCUGUACAAUAGUUAAGCCAGGAAACAAGUGUCUUUUCUUGAAGCCGUCCCGUAGGUCUACCCAGUCAUCAUUGCUUAAGAUAUGUAACCUCAGCUACCAGUCUUUGCCAUCCAGCACAGUGUCUAUACUUAGUGACAUGUGUACAUAUUAUGCUUUCUUUAUGGACUGUAUCAUUUAAAUUAAUGUCAAAAUUUUAUUAUCAACUCAUAUUGUCUGGUUUAAUUAACAAGGGAAUUUGUUAAUAACCUACCUUAAAUUAUGGUAUAUUAAGUCAUUUUUAUAACCAAUAACUUGACUCGAGAGUUGGUUAAAAAUUAUUGUAACUUUAAAACUGUGUACGUGCAAUUUAGACUAACUGGUCCAACAUCUCCUUCGUGGGAUGCCAUGUUUACCCCUGGUGGUCUAGGUCACAAUGGCCAAUAGAGGAAAAUUAUCAUGAACAGGACUAUAAAAGACCAUACAUUUUUCAGGCAACAACCUUACUAAACAAUCCUUACUAAAAUUACAAUUACUGCAGAAUGGUAUACAGUGUAAGGUUAGUUUCAGGUAGCCUGCUUUAAAAAGAAAUUAUUGGUUAAGGUGUUCAUGGCAUUUUUCCAAUCUUGCCCCUUAUGCCUACUUAUCAAGCAUACACAGUUAUGCCACACUCCUCAAGGGGAGAUUGUUACCUGUGAUGCAGGAGUUUGGGCAGGUGUUUCCUGCUCCCACCCUGGAUAAAAUAUCAUACUAACAAAGAUUAUGUCUAAGUGAAUUACAAAUUUUUUUAAUAAGUGAUAAAAUAAUAUUGAAUGUGGUAACUGAAAUAUAAUGUAUGAAAUGUAUGCUAGUAUAAUGUAUGAAAUUUAUUAAGUAAGCCUAUUAUUUUGAUAUUACAGUAAACCCUGUGGUGGAUAAACAUGACAGCCACCUACUGUGUGUCUUUUAUAAAUAUUCUUCUGUUCUUCACAAUUUUGUAAAUACAUGUUCUUUAUA